AUGGCGCAAGAACGACCACUAGAGAAACGUCCCAAUGGAUUGCCAAAAACCUAUCGGAUCAUUACUGACCACGACUCGAACGGCAAAGCAGUUUUUAGCACAGCAAUAGACGAGGAACAACAGUGGCAAGUCAUCGGAGAAGGCGAGGGAAAGGAGGCACACUUCUCCUUAAACUACACUACUAGCCGAUUUCCUGUUUCCUUCGAAAAUAAUCAGGAUAUCACAGAUUACCAAAAAUAUCUAGUUGAAAAACCAGGGCUUAUAGUACCUGGCGGGUCUGUACUGCGUGUGGUAGAUAUGGGACCUGGGUUGACUAGUCCAAUGCAUCGGACCGUCAGUCUCGAUUACGGUGUCGUUCUUGAGGGCGAGGUGUACUUGGUGCUUGAUUCCGGCGAGGAGAAGCUUAUGCGCCGCGGAGACAUCAGCGUGCAAAGAGGUACCAAUCAUGCAUGGCGAAACGCAAGCUCAACGUCUUGGGCGAGGAUGCUAUACGUGCUGCUAGAAGCCGAGCCUAUUACGAUCGAUGGCAAACAGCUGGGCGAGGAUCUGGGCGAUAUGCAAAAUGUGCGGAAAUCGGGUUAG